GGCCGCCCACUCGAAUCAAACCCGGCAGCUGGAGCGCCGCGGACCCCAGAUACCUUCUGUUGAAACGGGUAGCCGCCUCGUUUGGGAAGCUGGCUGCGUCGGUGGGAGUCAUGGAGGACGCGGAGAAAGGCGCUCGCGGCAAGCGGGAGACCAUCAAGAUCGGAGAGGGCUCUGAAGGAAGCAUUGGGGUCUGCGGGUGGAUCCUGGUUAUGGUCUCGUUCUUUUUGGUUACCAUCACUUUCCCAAUAUCCAUCUGGAUGUGCAUAAAGAUUGUCAAGGAAUAUGAGCGAGCCAUCAUAUUUAGGCUUGGACGUAUCAUAAGAGGCGGUGCAAAGGGGCCAGGUCUGUUUUUCGUAUUGCCCUGCACGGACAGCUUUAUCAAAGUGGACAUGAGGACCAUAUCAUUUGAUAUACCGCCACAGGAAAUUCUUACCAAAGAUUCCGUGACAGUUAAUGUGGACGGCGUGGUUUAUUACCGAGUUCAGAACGCCACCCUUGCUGUUGCCAACAUCACCAAUGCAGACUCGGCCACUCGGCUCCUGGCUCAGACCACAUUGAGGAACGUUCUUGGGACCAAGAACCUCUCUCAGAUCCUCUCUGACCGGGAGGAAAUUGCACACAGCAUGCAGGCCACACUAGAUGAUGCCACAGAUGACUGGGGCAUAAAGGUGGAGCGGGUAGAGAUCAAAGAUGUGAAGCUGCCCAUCCAACUCCAGAGAGCCAUGGCCGCUGAAGCAGAAGCCACCCGCGAAGCAAGAGCAAAGGUCAUCGCAGCAGAGGGCGAGAUGAAUGCCUCCAGAGCCCUCAAGGAAGCCUCAAUUGUCAUCACAGAGUCUCCUGCAGCUCUCCAGCUCCGCUACCUGCAGACCCUGACCACUAUCGCCGCUGAGAAGAACUCCACCAUUAUAUUCCCGCUGCCCAUAGAUAUGCUGCAAGGCAUUGUGGGAAGGAGGAGCUGAGGGUGCUGAUGGGAAGCCAGGUGUAUUGAAAAGCGUGAGGCAUUGUGGGGGAGAGAGAGGGGUGAUGAUUUCAGUACGACCUUCGUGUCUGUUUCCUGUGACUCUCAGGUCCUUUUUGUGUUUCAUCCCAACAAAUUUCUGCUUUCAGCGUAGGUGGCCACCUCUGAAAACACAUUCUUCCACGCUCUGCUGCCCCUUCUCAUUGAUGAGAGGGGUUUGGAGGGCCUGCAUCUCCCAGAAAAUUAGAGAGGAGGGUUUAAGAGGUUCUCAGCUACCAUAUGGAGCUGGGGGUUGCCUUAAAAUAGUGUGUUUUCCUCCUCUCUCCUGGGAAACUUCUUUCUUGUCAGAGAGCCAGCAGUGGAACUUUCCGCUGCUGUUUUGUUCCAACCAAAG